UACAAGAAACAGCCGAAGCAGCUUGCGCUGGAUUGCGGCAUGGCCCAAUGACGAUAUAAACCGCAACUUCGUUGCCCUAUAUCUCCAAGACUCAACUCAAUUUUCCCCCCUUCUCUUCAUUUCCAUUAGUUUGCAGUAGAAUAGAUACCUCAACGACAAAACUCAAAAACCUUUCGCACGCAAUUCUCCCAAGGCUCUCGAAACUUCAUCGGUAGUUUAUCGCCAUCACUCACUGUCUGUUUCCAAGGGGGUACAAGUUCUUUCCUAUUAUGGCUGACAGUGAAGCUGUUGUAGCUCAAACAUCUUCUGCGACAGCCUUCACAGCAGCUGGUUAUCCUCCUGUCUACAAUGAUACCAACUCAGAUGCUUCUGGUGCCGCUGCCACAAAGAAUGUCGAGGAUUUAACUGCCACUGGUGCAACAACUACUAUGGAAGAUUCAAAUAUUUCUUUUGGUGCCACAGAAUUAACCAAUUAUAUUGCUGAUGGCUCUGAUUUAGGUGCUUCCCAUCACGUAGCUGGUACUAAUUCCAGUUUAGAAGCUAGCGAUAAACUCUCAGGUCCCACAAGUGCAACUGAUUCAUUUCAACCUUCUCUUCCUGAUCCUUCUAAAAAUGGCAAUAUUGUUAAUGAAGUGGGAAAUAGUACAUCAACUGGUGUUGCUGAGAAUGGGAUUAUUUCAGAUGAUACUCAUGGAUCUAAUGUCGUACAUGAGUUGUUUGAUGGUUCGGCAUUAUCUGAUGAGGAAGAACGUCUAUGGAGCAUUGUUAGAGCUAAUUCUUUAGAUUUUAAUGCAUGGAUUGCUCUUAUAGAGGAAACAGAGAAAAUGUCUGAGGGUAACAUAUUGAAGAUCCGGAAAGUAUAUGAUGCUUUUCUUGUGGAAUUUCCUCUGUGUUAUGGUUAUUGGAAGAAAUAUGCAGAUCAUGAAGCACGCCUCGGCUCUAUGGACAAAGUUGUGGAGGUCUAUGAACGAGCUGUUCAAGGUGUAACAUAUUCUGUUGACAUGUGGUUGCAUUACUGCAUAUUUGCCAUAAGCACGUAUGGAGAUCCUGAGACCAUAAGAAGACUCUUUGAGAGAGGAUUAGCUUAUGUUGGAACUGAUUACCUCUCUUUUCCUCUGUGGGAUAAAUAUAUUGAGUACGAAUACACACAACAGGACUGGUCCCGUGUUGCUUUGCUCUACACACGUGUACUGGAGAAUCCAAAUCAGCAGCUAGAUCGCUACUUUGAAGGUUUCAAGGAGCUUGUUGCUAAUCGGCCUCUCUCUGAGUUGCGGACUGGUGAGGAAGCUGCUGCUGCAGCUCUUGAAAAUUCUGAAAAUGGUGGUCAAGAAGUUGAGGGAGAAAAUCUCCCUAAUGCUGUGGAGCAGUCUUCUAAACCUGUAAGUGCGAGCUUAAAAGAUGCUGAGGAGUUGGAGAAGUAUAUUGCCGUUAGGGAAGAGAUGUAUAAGAAAGCUAAAGAGUUCGAUUCUAAGAUCAUUGGUUUUGAAACAGCUAUCCGGAGGCCAUACUUUCAUGUGCGGCCCCUUAGCGGGGUAGAGCUUGAAAAUUGGCAUAAUUAUCUGCAUUUUAUUGAAGGAGUGGGUGACCUCAGUAAGGUUGUGAAGCUAUAUGAAAGAUGCUUGAUAGCAUGCGCUAAUUAUCCUGAGUAUUGGAUCCGAUAUGUUCGAUGCAUGGAAGCUAGUGGGAGCAUGGAUCUUGCUGAGAAUGCUCUUGCACGUGCUACUCAAGUCUUUGUCAAGAGGCAGCCAGAGAUUCACCUUUUUGCAGCUCGUUUCAGAGAGCAGCACGCAGAUGUUGCCGGAGCUCGAUCUGCUUACCAACUUGUACAUACUGAAAUUUCACCAGGGCUUCUGGAGGCCAUUAUAAAGCAUGCUAAUAUGGAACAUCGAUUUGGAAAUCUAGAGGAUGCUUGUUCCUUGUAUGAACAGGCCAUUGCAAUUGAGAAGGGAAAAGAGCAUUCACAAACUUUACCAUUUUUGUUUGCUCAAUACUCUCGAUUUCUGUUCCUGGUUGCUGGUAAGGUGGAAAAAGCCAGGGACAUUCUUGACCAAGCACUUGAGAAUACUCUGUUGUCAAAACCACUUAUUGAGGCUUUAAUUCACUUUGAAUCUGUUCAGUCUCUUCCAAAACGAAUGGAUUACUUAGAUUCCUUGGUUGAUAAGUUUAUAGUUCCAACUGCUGAUAACCCAAAUGUUGCAAGUAUUACUGAGAGAGAGGAGUUAUCUAGCAUCUUCCUGGAGUUCUUGGAUCUCUUUGGGGAUGCGGAGUCUAUAAAAAAGGCUGAUGAUCGCCAUGCCAAGCUUUUCUUACCUCAUGGGAGUUCACCAGAGUCAAAAAAGCGCCUCGCUGAGGAUUAUUUAAUUUCGGAUAAAACCAAGCUAGCGAAGUCUUCUCUUCCUUCAUCUGCUCCAUCAGUCAUGGGUGCUUAUCCCAAUGCGCAAAACCAGUGGCCAGCAGGUUAUGGUCUACCACAAGGUUGGCCACAGGUUGCACAAGGCCAAGCACAGCAGUGGACCCCUGGCUAUGCCCAACAGUCUGCAUAUAGUGCGUAUGGUGCAUAUGGAACUGGCUAUCCACAGCAACAGGUACCUGCUUCAGUGCCCCAGAAUGCUGCUUACGGUGCUUAUCCCCCCACAUAUCCUACUCAGGCAUUUGGUCAGCAAAGCUAUGCACAGCCAGCUACAGCAGCGACCUUGACUCCAGCACCGCAAUCUAGUGCUGUCCCUCCCACAGCUUAUUAUGGCAGUUAUUAUUGAACCUGGAAAGCAUCCUCGAUCAAUUUUGUUGGCUGUAGUUCACCAGUUCCGGUUCUUGGCCGUGUAAUUGAGCAAGCCAUGAGUACUUUUUUCUGCAUGCUUUUGGCAACGUUGACUAGGUUCUGGGUGGGAUAGUUUGUGCAGUACUCUUGUCUCUCUUCACUUGGAACUAAUCGGUAUGGAUGUGCAAUUUGUAUUGUAGUCCUCGCACCUUUUCUCUAUCUAUGUAGGCUAGUUAUAGAUUGAGCUCCUUGGUAGGCUGUUAGUAGUUACAUCAUGUGCUUGAGCAAUGAAAGCUUUGUAGUUUGAAUUCAGUGAGGUCGUCUUGCUUGAAUAGAGUCUUGUGAAGGUGUUUGAUUGAUAGAAAGAGGAACGGUUUCGUAUGGAUC